UCCGGUCAACAUACACAUUCCUCCCCAUCUUCUUUUGCUUGUAAUUAAUUUCUUCUCCUUUGUACAUACACGCUGCUCACACUAGUAUAAUGUUUGGCAUCUGCUCCUGGAAACACCAGCCUGAGGACGAGGGCCGUGUCGGUAUGCGCGAUUCAUCGAUGCAGAGUGCAGUCAAGGGCACUGCCAAGGCAUACAUAUUCAUCAUCGUUAUCAUGUCGUGCAUCCACUGGUUUGUCGGAUCCAUGUACUACGGCGUCAACUAUAAGCGCACGACAUACGUCAAGAACACCGAUGUCAAGGUCAUCGAUCUUGAUGGUGGCUUCGUCGGGGGCAAUGUCACACAGCUGCUGCUCCAAACUCCAGCAGGCGACGGCGUGCCAUCCUACGUUAGAUACGACGGCGUCAGCACGGUGGACGAGGCCAAGGAAUUUGUGCGCAGACAUGGCUGGGGCGCCGUGGUCAUCAACCCAGGCCUGACUGAGCGCUAUACCAGCGCGAUGCUGCGGGGCACCGAAUACGUUCCUACGGAUGCAAUCACCGCCAUUUACACCACCGGGCGCAACGCCAUGGUCACCCUGGUUUAUAUUGAAGGUUCCAUGGCGGCUAGCAUCAUGAAGGCGAACGUCAAGUUCUCGGUAGGUGCGCUCACUCGACUAAAGCAAACAACUGCUGCCGGCACCCAGCGCACCAACCCUAGUGUUGCGGCAGUGAUCAGCCCCAUCGGUUACAAGGCAGUCAAUGUCGCGCCGUUCAGCUUCGCCAUCUCUAUCAUUGCAGCCACCUUCAUGUUUUUUGUCUCUCUUGGCUGCACCUUCGCCCCAAUGCUUGGGUGGAAACUGAACUCAUUUGCGCUCUUCCUCAAGGUCCGCUACCGCGACCUGGCUGUGUUCUGGGUCGCAGUGAUUGCCUGCUGGGUGUGUGUGCUCUCCUUCUACGCCUCUCUGGCCUUUCUGGCAUACAGGGGCCCGGACUACAACACCCUGGCACUCACCUACACCGCCGGCAAGUUCUUUGCCAUCUGGUUCACCGUCUUCGCCGUGGUCCUAGCUCUGGCGCUCUGGAUCUAUGCACUGCUGCUCAUGGUUCCGCCCCUGUACUUUGGCAUUGUGUCUCUGUCGCACUUUAUUCCAAACGUUGCCUCAUCAAUUGUGCCUCUGGAGACCGCGCCCAAGUUCUUCCGCCUGUUCCGUGUGUUGCCCUUCUACAACGGCACCAUGCUUUUCCGCACGAUCACCAGCGGCGCCUACCCGCAUGUCGGCCAGAAUAUCGGGAUCCUGGCUGGUGAGCUGCUCUUUUCGUUCUGUGUCUUGCUUGGCGCCAUUUGGCUCCGGCAGCGCAUGGUUGUCAUGGGCAUCGCUGAUAUUCCUGGCAACAUCCAUGGCCGCCCCGGCUUCCACUCACCAGUUCCAUACUACAAGGACGUGCGCAGACAAGCAGACGAGGAGGCACUGUCUAAAGAGAGCAUUGAGAGACAGGCUACCGUCGCAGACAGCCAGUACAGACUCCUUAAGUAGAUACGCAAAUACCACCCCACAGCUUUAAUAUGUAUCACUGCCACCUCCAGCUAUGCAGAGAGCGUAAAAUACAUUCAGCAUCCAUUUUCUGCAGACUUGAAUGCACGCGCUCGUUGAUGGUUGCCUCAUCAGCAAUAGUCUACGACAACAAACAGUAGUGGCCAUCCAAAGGAAUGUAGAGGCGCAUAUUGAAUGGAGCAGCAGAACAAUCACCGAGCCGGUUCAUAUGAGCCGGCGGCUAUUUCUAUUGCUGUACUGCGGGAAUAUCUGCACCUGAGUUUCAUA